AUGGAUAAAGUCAGUCUGACCAUCGCUUCUCAUCUGAGCUGCAUGUUAUGCAGCCAGCCUCUGUACCAUGCGGUGUCUCUUCCUUGUGGCCACUCCAUCUGCCGACUCUGCCUAGAGGCAGCAAAGAAGACUGCAGCUGGGGAAAACAUUCACCCUGAGGUCACCUGCCCAACCUGCCAAGAGCCCACAGAGCACUGGCAUUUCCCCACCAACCCACUCCUGGGUCACAUCAUUUGCCAUCUGAAGGAACGCAGAAAGGCUGCAGAGCAGAUGAAGAAAUGCUGGGAAGGCAACCGCAGGGCAGGGGACAAAGUGCCCUGUGGUCUUUGUAAACCCAAAAACAAGGCUUGCAAAUUCUGCAGGACUUGUGAGUUUAACUACUGCAAGAAGUGCCUCAAGAAUUAUCACCAAGGUCCUGAUUUUGAGGCCCAUAUCCUGAGCACGCCCUUGCCAGAAACCUUGAGAUCGUGCACAAACCACUGGGAGGAAAGUCUGACACACUUCUGCUUCAGUGACCACACUGGUGUCUGUGGCAGCUGUGUACAGCAGGACCAUGAAGACCACCAUGUGGCCACCUUGGAUGAUGCCUGUCUCAGCAGAAAGAGGAGUUUACAUGCUACCUUACAGCAUGCCAAACAUGUGCUGGCAGAGUGUAUGAAUGAGGUAAGAGCAGUGAAGGACAGGUCAAGUGACGUGAGCAAGAGGGGUGAGGAGUUCAAACAAAGACUGAGGGACGGCUUCACUGCCCUCCAUACCUCCCUGCUAGAUCAAGAGGAGCUACUCCUCACACAGUUUGACAACGUGGUCAGAAAUGCACAGACGGAGGGCAGUUACUUCAUCAAACUUGCUGAGGUCCAUCUGAAUUCCCUAGACAGUUUCCUGAUGAUUUUAGAAGAGGCUCUGCAAGAACCGGACGAAAUUGUCUUCCUUCAGGGCAUAGACAGUCUGAUGCAGCUUCUUGCCAAGGCUGUAGAUAACCUUCCCAAGUCAGGACAUAAUCUCCAGGAUGAUCCUCUGAGAAAUGUGGAACUGGAUUUCCAAGGCCUGUUAGGUAAAGUUCAGGGCCUGCUAAAGGAGCACCUCAACUGUGGCAUGACUGCUGACUCAAGGAGUAGCGUGGAGGUGGAUCAUGUGGAGACAGAGGCUCAGGAGGACAAGAGGGAAUCUGAAGAGGAAAUAGAGGCAGCUGAAGAAGACAAUGAGGAGCUGUUCAGCCUACCUGCAGGAGACACAGGCCGAGAACCCCAGGAUCUCUCUCUGCUGCCCAGAGCUCCAAUUAUCUACCAGCACAAUGUGAAGGGUUUCAAAGUGGAGAUAUUCUGGAUGAUGCCCAUGGGGGAGGAUGUGGAGUCAUUUGACGUUCAACUCCGGGAGGUUCUUAACGCAGAGGCAAGCGACGGAGAGCAAGUGUUGGUGGAAAACCUGAAGACCUGCUGCUUUGAGACUGAAAUCCUCACCCAGAACAGCCAGUACUCGUUCAGAGUGCGCUCUGUUAACAAAUAUGGCCCAGGCCGCUGGAGUGAGCCAUACUGGGUCAACACAAAAAACCUUGACAGUGAGAUUACAGUUGCAGACCCAAUCCUGGAUAUGUAA